AUGGAUUGGCUUAAACUAGUGCUUAGUCAGAAAGAUAGAUUGAAAAGGGCAAAAAGUAUGGGAGAUUGUUUAGAUAGGGAAGAAAGUUGUGAAAUAUCAUUAGUACCAAUGGAGAGUAAUUAUCAGAUACCGGAAGUAAUAUUAGGAUUAAAAGUAGUACCGGAAUGUGAGACUUACUUCUGGCAGUUGGGAGUAGAGAUGGCUGAGGAAGAAGUAGUUGGAUGGAAUGAACGAGUAAGUCGGGUUUUAGAAGGGGUGAUGAAUGUAGAGAUGGAUUUUUGUGGGCCGGUUGAGAGUAGAGUAGUAGUUAGUGAGUCAGAAGUAAGUCAACAGAUUAAGUCAGUACUAGGAUGGGUUUGA